ACCACCGCUGAUGAGUGUGCAGGCGAGCAGCAGCACGUUAACAGCCAACAGCACCGACAGCAAGCGGCCGCCCUUUUUUUCCACACCUCGCGGGGGCUGUGAUCCCUGGAUUUUGGGACCCUGGAAUGUGGGACUACGGAUGCUAGACCAAGCACUGGGGAAAAAGAAGAGAAAAACUGAACUCUCCCACCUGGACCGGAAAUAUUGUACAGAAAGAAGCAGUGGCACAAGGUCCCACUCCCCAAAUCUGACAGUCUCCUGAACAGGGACACGCACCUGGCUGCACCGGGAGCCGACACCAAGUUGGGGGUUAAGGGGCAGCAGGCGUCUCCUCUCUCCCACGCCGGGCUGGACCAGUGCUUUAUACCGGAGAGGGCAGAGUGAUUUACAGCCACAAGAGCUCGGCUCCAUAAACCUCUCAGUCCCACUCACAUGAUCCAUCUUUUCUCCGAGCUGAAUUUAAGGAAGCCAGAUAAGGUUGGAUGCUGCCAAGUCUGGUUCCCACGCAGUGUCCGCAGCCGGCUCGCAAUCGUUUAGCGCCCCCUGCAGGAGAGCUGUGACUCCACGCGAGUAGGCUAGCUCUACCGGGACUGCUGCGCCCUGCUUCUGGAUUGUCUUCAAGUUCCUUUCGACGGGUGAAGAAAUCAGGGAGUCCAGCGCUCGGAGCUCUGUCGAAGACAUACUAAAUGUCCCUAUACUGGGCCUCAAGGGGCCAGAGUAGACGCUUUGGCGCGAGAGAGCUGGACUUCACUUGAGUCACCCCCGUGUGCUGGAAAGCAGGGCGUUUAGGACCCAGGGGAAGCUCCUGGGCGGCUCCCGGUCAGUGAGAGAUUUCCCCCCUCCUCCCCUGGUGCGCAGCUCAAAUGUCCCGGUAGUCUUGUAGUCGCAGCUCUGGCGCUCCUCAUCUCCCAUCUGUGGCAGCAGGGGCGGCCCCUGCACAGUCGCUUUCCUCAAACCCAUGUUUCAGUCCUAACCCGGCUGCCCUCCCCGUCGGGGGACAUUCCUCGGGGCCCCUUGCCCGACCUGUCCAACGUGGGGCGCCAUGAAUGACCAGUAUCACCGGGCCGCCAGGGAUGGCUAUCUGGAACUCCUCAAGGAGGCCACCCGGAAGGAGCUGAAUGCCCCCGACGAGGAUGGCAUGACCCCCACCCUCUGGGCUGCCUACCAUGGCAACCUGGAGUCGCUGCGCCUCAUUGUGAGCCGAGGGGGUGACCCGGAUAAGUGUGACAUCUGGGGAAACACACCCUUGCAUUUGGCAGCAUCCAAUGGCCAUCUGCACUGCCUGUCCUUCCUUGUGUCCUUCGGGGCCAACAUCUGGUGCCUGGACAAUGACUACCACACGCCACUGGACAUGGCCGCUAUGAAGGGCCACAUGGAGUGCGUUCGCUAUCUGGACUCCAUCGCAGCCAAGCAGAGCAGCCUCAACCCCAAGCUGGUGGGCAAGCUGAAGGACAAGGCCUUUCGAGAGGCGGAGCGGCGCAUUCGCGAGUGCGCCAAGAUGCAGCGCAAGCACCACGAGCGCAUGGAGCGGCGCUACCGGCGAGAGCUGGCCGAGCGCUCCGACGCGCUCAGCUUCUCCAGCCUCACGUCCAGCACCCUGAGCCGCCGGCUGCAGCACAUGACGCUGGGCAGCCAGCUGCCCUACUCGCAGGCCACGCUGCACGGCACCGCCAAGGGCAAGGCCAAGAUCCAGAAGAAGCUGGAGAGGCGCAAGCAGGGGGGCGAGGGCACCUUCAAGGUCUCUGAGGACGGACGCAAAAGCGUCCGAUCGCUCUCGGGCCUGCAGCUAGGCAGCGAUGUGAUGUUUGUGCGCCAGGGAACCUACGCCAACCCCAAAGAGUGGGGCCGUGCCCCGCUCAGGGACAUGUUCCUCUCCGAUGAGGACAGUGUCUCCCGUGCCACGCUGGCUGCCGAGCCUGCCCACUCGGAGGUCAGCACAGACUCAGGUCACGAUUCCUUGUUUACUCGCCCCGGCUUGGGUACCAUGGUGUUUCGAAGAAACUAUUUGAGCAGCGGGUUGCACGGGCUGGGCCGCGAAGACGGGGGCUUGGAUGGGGCAGGGACGCCGCGGGGUCGGCUGCAGAGUUCCCCCAGCCUGGACGACGACAGCCUGGGCAGUGCCAACAGUUUGCAGGACCGCAGUUGCGGGGAGGAGUUGCCUUGGGAUGAGCUAGACUUGGGCUUGGAUGAGGACCUGGAGCCCGAGACAAGCCCCUUGGAGACCUUCCUGGCCUCACUGUACUUGGAGGACUUUGCCUCCCUCCUGCGGCAGGAGAAGAUUGACCUGGAGGCCCUGAUGCUGUGCUCUGACCUCGACCUCCGCAGCAUCAGCGUGCCCCUGGGGCCUCGGAAGAAGAUUUUGGGGGCCGUGAGGAGGCGCAGGCAGGCUCUGGAGCGCCCACCUACCCUGGAGGACACAGAGCUAUGAAAGGUGCUCCUCUCCUCAGACCAAAAUGAAUUUCAAGUUGCCACAACCCAUGGUGGGGCCCAGAGGUCCUCACAAUUGCCAUCCCUGCAGCCCCUUCUCCAGGAGCAAGGGUCACACGGGUCAUCUCCCUGGAAACCCUGUCCACCCUCUGAAGCAGACCCAGAGGGACCACAGCCCUGCAGAUCACCACUUCUGAGGGUGUUGGAGCCCCUGAGCCACCCCCAUUGAAAAGCCCUGAAUUACAAGAUGACAUCAUAGCUGGAUUAGAAAUAGGGCAGAGAUGGGGGGGCAGCUUGACCUGUUGCAGGUACAUCACCUCCCCUACCCAUCCUCUCCAGCCCUUCUUGGGGGUGGGGGUGGGGGUAGAGGUGGGGUCCUGUUCUUUUUCAGGCUGGAAACUUGUUGCUUCCUAUUUACUGUAAUGGAAGAGUUUGGGUACCCUCUCCUUGUACACCCCAGAAGGGAGGUUCUCCAGCCAGACUCUUCAGCCAAAUGCCUGUUCCUUCACUACCCAGCACACGCCCUCUCACAAAAGGCCAGUCCCCCCCUGCCACCCACCGGCCACGGCCACAGCUGAGAGCUAGGCUGGGGUAGGCUGGCGUAACUGGUCCUUUCCCAGCUCAUUCUGGGAGCCCAGACAGUCUCCUUAAGCUUCACCCCACUCCACUGUGCAGCCUGGUCUCCCCAGGGACUCCAGAGGACCAGCAUUGUGGGCCCCAGGCCUGUAGGCUGGCUGCCUGUAGAAUCACAUCUGCCAACUGCCUCAGAGUCUCUCAGGCCUAGACAGGCAGGGGCUGGACACAAUCUGUGUCAGGCUCAGUGUGGGAAAACUGUGAGGAAGACCCUGGAGGAUGUAGAGAACACAAGGUCCCGAUUGUGCCCAGGCUCCCAAGGCUCUCUCUCUCUCUCUCUCUCUCUCUCUCUCUCUCUCUCUCUCUCUCUCUCUCUCUCUCUCUCUCUCUCU